AUGGAUACAACCGAUCAGGGUCAGUCCUCAUAUGCAAUUCAAAAGAACAAAACUUGGUCCUUGAUCUGGAAGUUGGGAGUCACUAAUGCCAAUAAGAUGCUUAUUUGGAGGGCCUGUCAUGAGUCUUUGGCUACAAAACUCAAUCUUUUUAAGAAAAGAAUAGUGGACUCUCCUCUAUGUCCUAUUUGUCAUCAAGAGCCAGAGUCUGUGAUGCAUGCUUUGUGGUCAUGUAAUUCAGUUCAAGAUGUCUGGGGAGUGAGUCUCAGGAAAUUGCAGAAAGGAGUAGUAAUGGAAAACAGUUUUAAGGAGCUGUGGACUCUCUUAAUUGCAGAUCUAGAUAGUGAGGAGCUUGAAGAGUUUGCUGCAACAGUUUACCAGAUUUGGAAGAGGCGAAAUAGCUUAGUUUUUGACAACAGGUUUUGGGAUCCAGGGAAGGUAGUUGAGGCAGCCAGGUCUGCUGUGUCUGAAUUCAAGGAAGCUAACACAACCAUUGAAGGUGUUCAGGCAGAAAUUAGACACAGUAUACCUAUAUGGAGUCCUCCACCACUAAAUACUUUCAAAGCCAACUGGGAUGCGGCUGUUGAUAGAAGAAAAAGCAAGAUAGGUGCAGGGGUUGUGAUCAGGGAUUGGGAGGGCAGGACAGUGGCUUCACUGAGUUCACCAAAAAAUUUUUUUCCUGAUGCUUAUCUAGCAGAAUCUUAUGGAGUACUGAAGGCUGUUAUUCUGUGUAAACAACUGGGCAUUAAACAGGUUAUAUUCGAGGGUGAUGCACAACAGGUGGUUAAGGAUCUUAACUACCAAAAUCAAAAAGGAAACUCAGCAGGAAUGAUCUUAUCAGAUGUUAAAGCCUUAUUGCAUCAUUUUGACAGUUGGUCAGUUGUUUAUGUACCGCGUGCUUGUAAUAAUUUGGCUCAUGUCUUAGCCAAGGAUGCUAUUAAACUCUCUGAGGAGAGCAUUAUUUUGGGGGACAUUCCCUCAUGUAUUCAUCCAUUGGAUUAUUUGAGUUGA